AUGGCGACAGAAGCCACAACUGCAUCCAAAUUCCCCGAAUCUGACCUCCGUCCCAUCCCUCAACCACCGGAUUUUCAUCCGGCGAUUGUAGUUCCGGCUCAAACCAACGGUCUUCGAUUCUGGCAGCUCAUGGUCGCUGGUUCGAUUGCUGGCUCAGUCGAACACAUGGCCAUGUUUCCAGUAGAUACCGUCAAGACCCAUAUGCAAGCUCUCCGUUCUUGUCCGAUUAAACCCAUCGGAAUCCGACAAGCUUUCCGUUCGAUUAUCAAAACGGACGGACCAUCGGCUUUGUAUCGAGGUAUAUGGGCGAUGGGACUCGGUGCUGGACCGGCUCACGCCGUUUAUUUCUCAUUCUACGAAGUCUCUAAGAAGUAUUUAUCCGGUAAUAACCCUAAUAACUCCGCCGCACACGCUAUCUCCGGCGUAUUCGCCACGGUAUCUAGCGACGCAGUGUUCACUCCGAUGGAUAUGGUUAAGCAGAGGCUGCAGAUUGGGAAUGGGACUUAUAAAGGGGUUUGGGAUUGCAUCAAGAGGGUAAUGCGUGAGGAAGGUUUUGGAGCGUUUUACGCUUCUUAUAGAACGACCGUGCUGAUGAAUGCUCCGUUCACGGCUGUUCAUUUCGCGACGUAUGAGGCGGUUAAGAGAGGAUUGAGAGAGAUAUCGCCUGAGCAUGUUACUGGAGACGAGGAGGAAGGUUGGUUGAUCUAUGCUACUGCAGGAGCUGCCGCUGGUGGCUUGGCGGCUGCUGUAACUACGCCGCUUGACGUUGUCAAGACGCAAUUGCAAUGUCAGGGUGUGUGCGGUUGUGAUCGCUUCAAGAGCAGUUCGAUAAGUGAUGUGUUUCGUACAAUUGUGAAGAAAGACGGUUAUAGAGGGCUUGUUAGAGGAUGGUUACCAAGAAUGCUCUUCCAUGCUCCAGCAGCUGCGAUCUGCUGGUCCACUUAUGAAGCUGCCAAAUCCUUCUUCCAAGAUGUCAAUGGCGACUCAAAUGUAGCUUGA